UUUGGCCCAAAAAUCAUGCCAUUCGUGUUACGAAGGGUGGAACCGCAAUAUAUGUGCCGCGGACAUAUGCCCGUUGGGGCUGCCCCUCGGCGUUGCCCAGUGAUCGUAGAGUUGGAGACGGUUGCGAAUGGUGCGUUGAUUACCUCGCUGAAGCAGCUUGCGUCCCUUUUGAUUAAUGCCGAGGAUAUAUUCGCGGAUCUUACUAGUGAGCUGACCGCAGUUGCUGAUAGAAGCAGCCAACUCAGAAUGAGAAUCGACAAAGUCGAGAAGCGUCUGAGCAGCGUUGAUCCGAAGAAAGUGCCAGUCCCGGAGUCGGACAUUUGUACAUUCGCCGCGAGAACGGAACAUUUCCACGUGGUCAACAAACCAUCGACGGCGUCAUUCACGUUGAACACUAGACCAAAAGCCCUGCGGGAGUUAUAUGAAGCCGCAGCUAUAGUCACUGCCAAGCAAUUAGACAGCGUGAGAAGGGAUGACAGUUCCAUGGAUGUAUAUAUUUGCCCGCACGUUCUUAACAAAAGGAGACGGGACCAAAGUCUUGACAUCGAAUCUAGAAUCCCGGCGAUUAUUGAGGAUCUACGAAGAUGGACAUCCGCGGAGGCGCUCGGGGACGUCAUUGUACAACCAGAUUGUAUGUCCAGGAUCCUAGGAGUUACGAUGGACGACAACGCCGUAGAUCACCAGCUUCCCAGCCCUGAAGAACAGGUUCAGGCAAUCGCUCUCAAAUUCCCGGCAGAAAUUGUAGCAGUGGACAUCAGUGGAAAAGGAUUUGCAAGGAUGUCAGUGAGAAGGAAAUCAUUGUUGUCCGGACAAGAGAGUCAAGAAACAGCUGUAAAAAGACGGUCGCGGCCUCAUAGGUCUAGAGGAAAAAGACGAAAUACAAUCGCUGGUAUCGAUAAUAAGGAAAUUCGCCAGGCGAUUAGAGGAGAAACACCUGACGAAGACGCUAACGAAAUUAUAGCGAACAUAGCAUCUAAAACACAACGAUCAGCAAGCACGUAUAUGUUGGGUUCGUCGAAAAAGGAAUCACCAACGGUGAAAAAAUCACAUUUCAAUACUUUGAAAGCGUGGGGCAUGUCCAGGUUAAAGUUGAUCAGCCCUAGGUCUAACCAGCAGCAGGAAAAAUCUGAAACACCUGCAUCAAGUACAACGGAGAGGUCAGAACCUGAUCGAGGUCUGUCGAGAUUAUUAAAAGAGGCAAAUAUUUAUGAAAUGGUAAUAAGCAGGCACAGGCGGGACAAGUCUAAUGAGAGGAAGCCCAGCACGUCGAGCUUAAGCGGGAAGAGUGUUUCGAGCAUACCGCUGUCUGUUUCGGCCAAAGAGAGACAAUCGAACGUGACAUUGCGCGUGAGUGCUGUUCAAAGGCGAGAAAGACGAAAAGCAGGAAGUCGUGACGAUCCUCCACAUUCUAGUUCAGGAAAUUGGAGCGCAUCUUCAGAAAGCGGGAGGGCGAGUAUUGGAAGCGAGACGACUUGCACGACGCAUCAGCCUAGGUCUAUAACCACAGGCUCAAUCGGAACGUCUUCGACUUCUUUGAGUCAUUUUCGACGAUUCAAGGGACGAGACACUUCGGCUUCGUCUUCUAUAACAUCAGAAGGCACGCUCACUCCAGAUAUUAUUCAAGACAUUGCGGUGGUACCUGUUUCCGAUGACGGAGAAACAUCAUCUGUGUAUUCUUGCGAUGCGGAAGGAUAUUAUACCUCAUUUCACGUGGAUUCUGGUUUAAAAACUCUAAGAGAAGAAGAUCCGGUGCCACAGUGCCCCUUGACGAAAACCAACGAUGUCAGCUCUGAUCUGACUUCGCCGGUUGUAGAAAACGAGUAUGAACUGUUUGGUAGAGGUUCUACUUCGACGACAACGAGUUCUGCUGGGACAGUCUGUACUGCCUUGUUGGCGCCAUUGCCGCCGGAAAGAAAGUCUAGCCUGACUGUUGUGGCUAUGGUGCACGGUCAAAAUGAAACCGGAGGUGAGUCUCCUGACAGUGGACAUAACACGUCAUCAUCGCCUGUAGAGUCUACGUCAAGUCCAGUUUGCACAGGUAGAUCUUACUCGGAAUUCGAGUACUCUGAAUCCAGUGACCUUGAGGGCUGUGAGAGAAUCGAGAGAAUACGUUCGAAAAUUGCUAUCAACAGCAGCCGUAUACCAUCAAUGUGUGUCAUUACGCCACCGGGUUCCGAUGAUGAACACGCCAGGGAAGCAGAACACUCAAGCAAAAAGACUGACAGCAGACAAACUGGAGGAUCGGUACUUAUAUCUGCCACUGUCGGAACCUCCAAGGUGGAAGUGAUCAACGGACAAGAUCUUUAUGCUACUGUCCAGCUUUUAUCUACGUCAACAACUGAUAAAAUCGCUGUUGGGCUCUCUAAGAUCAGUCCAUUGAGUGGAGUUCUGGGGAAACUUCGAGGUGUGCUUCCUGGAAGGAAGAAUGUGACGAAAAAUCUGGUUCAGAACCAAGUGAAUGCUGACUCCGGUGGCUAUGUCACUAUAGCCGACGUGAGGAGCAACAAGGACAAACUCCAGGAUCCUGGUUCGACCUCGGAUUCAGUAAAGUCCACUGUUACCUGUACUAAUUCUGAUGUAUUUAACAAAGAUGCUGAGUAUGUUAGUCUGAGCGUAUUACCAAAACAGACGGACUCUUCGUUGGAGAGGAAGAGACAGGGAGCUAGAGUCACUUUGAAUUCCAGCGGCAAGGUUGUGUACAUGUCUGAUAGUUUGAAGAGGAGAAAGAAGACGCACACUACCUUUAAUCCAGGUCCUUUUCUGAGAGAGGAAAUGUCUCAGAGUCCCUCGCUGCUGCUACAUCGCACGAUACCUACCAUGCAAUCAGCUUCAAGGACCACUGAUUUAAUGGACAGUCCAAACAGGUUCACGCCACCGACGUCGCCUCAGCUGGGCAAGCUAAUCAUCAGAGCAGCGAGGAGCGCUGAAUGUGCGGCCAGUCUAGACUACGUCAGGACUCCGAUGACCGUAGUGGUACCCACGAGUCCGACCCCUCACCGCCAAGUCCGCGGCGCUUAUGUAAACGUACAGGUGAACAAAGAUAAUACUCCUAAUAUUCCUCACGGAAUAAUCGACCCGUCUCCAUACAUUUCACCGCCCAAUUCCGAAGAAUGUCAAAAGUAUCAGAAGAUCCAAGAAGUCCUCAAGGAUGCUCAGCCUACUCAGACAAUACAAACACAGUGUCAGGAGCAACAUAAUAAUGGUGAUCACAGGCAUCAACAGAUACGGAGAAUAUAUGAUUCUCAACAGAAUAUUUGCAAUCCUAACCAAUUCUUUGAAGAAAGUAGUGUAGAAAAUUGUAACGAGUAUCAGCAUCUGUCAGUUAACAUGCACAACACAAAAAAUCUACAAUACCGGUCAUGGGGAAAGCAUGCCAAUCAACAGUUUUAUACACUGCCAUCCAGGAGACCACUGAAGGAUGUCGAACCACCGCGCAGCAUCACACCAGACAUACCGAGGGGUCUUGGACACGGUUCCUUGAGCACUAUGCAUAUCUUCGCAAGGCACGGUCAGAAAGAAUUCAGUCGGUUUGGGUGUCAGGUAGACGGCAAUGAUAAAAAUUUGGAGAACUUUGAAAUACAGCAGAGACUGACGCAGAGUCAACAGCAACCGCCAAUUGUAGAUGUCAGAAACAGAUACGCCACUUCAUUGGGAUUGACUUCACUGGGGUAUCAAUUUCUUACGUCCUCGCCGGUUUAUGAUCCUGUUACGAAAAUUUCUAGCUCCGAUGCGAUCAAACACAGUCCAGUUUCCUCGAUGAAGCAUAGCGAUAGCUUGAAAACUUCAAUGCCUAGCGGACGUGUUACACCAACUAUUACGGAAAAUGUGGCUUUAACAGGCUGCAGCAAUUGCACGUCACCGGUCGCCAACUUAAAAAAAAACAAUCUUGUUCAAACAUUCUUCUGCCGAAGCACACCUACGAAUCUAGCCUUGUCGCCGACGAAGAGUACUAUGUCGAAUGAGGAAUUGUUCACUGCCAUACAUAAAUCGAAAAAGAGACUGAACAUUAAAGACGAUGGUGAGAACUACUCACCCCAUGGUUCAACGAACUCACUGGUCAACAUGUCUUCGGAAAAUACACAAAGUCGGAGCUCUAAGUCGCAAAGACCUCCUGUGAUUACACAGUACGUCCAAUCGUUGUCGCCAACGACGUCCAGGCUGGACUUCAAGCGUCUUCUGCUUCAGCAGAGCGUGAAGAACGGUCCUACGAGACUAUCAGCUGCAGAACAACUAAAACUAUCACGACAGAACUUGCAGCAACCGUGGUCUACAGUUCAGCAGACUCCUUUAACCAAGGUACUAAGUCCUCGGUCUCAGUGGAGAUUUCAGACGCCCCGAACUAAUAUUCUAUCAUCUACCAUCAUCGAAGACACUGCGGCAGAGGAAAAAGCAAUGAAACCAUCUUCUGAAAACACUUCUUCGGCGCAAAGACUGGCGUUGAAAAGGCAGCAGAAUCUCUGUAAUAAUCUACCGAGCCAUCUGCACGUGAUUGAUUCUAGAAACGAAGUUCUCACAGAUUCCAAAGAUAUGCUUUCACUAGAUAAUUUAAAGGAUUCUUAUAUAGUAUCCUUUAUGGAGCCUAAAGCAUUCGUUAACACCAUCCUGAGACAAGACCAAACCGUUUCAAGCUCCACCUGCAGUCAUGUAGGUGUUGACUUACAAAGUAGUCUUACUCAGAGUGUUUCGGACUUGAAUUCCCAAAAUUUCGCGAUUCUGUAUUCAUUUCACUCGCAGCUGACGCCUUCUCCUCAAAAAGUGACAAACACGUUCGAGUCGAGGAGGAUUAGCUGUCAGUUAGCCAGGGCACAGUUCUUCGCUGACACUCCGAUGGCCGACAAUCAGGCUCGUAAUACUUAUGUCAGACAGAUAUUUAGCGGUAGAUCAGAAUCACCGCAAACUGAUUACUCGCAGAAUGUAUCUCGUACUUCCAGCGUAUCCACGCUGGAAACUGCAUUGUGA